AUUUCUUUUAUAUUUCUGGCAACCUACUGACAUUCUGGCUGGGAUGUUAAUGGAACUUAACUUGAUCUUCCCUAUACUACUCGAGGCAUCCUAUAAGGACUAGACUCUAAUCGCAUCAGUUAUGUCGUCCACCGUCGACCCAUGUACAUACAAUAACUCAACAACGUAUAUAAUUACUCCGAACCAUCAUGACGAUGGUCCAGCUUAUUGGAAUACUCCCGGUGACCUCGCUAGGCUAGAUUUGAUGGUUUGGUCUCCGCCUUGCCGCUCUCGCGGGUUGAUUUGCGGAUUGCUUCUUACAUACCUAGUACUGACGUAUCUUGCGGUUAUUGAGAGAAAUUUGAUAGCAACGACGACGACAGCUCCUAAUUUUCCAAAUCCCCCAAACGGAUACAGCUUACGUGACCGACGUCCUGCAGAUCCGGCUAUACCUAACACCGGUAUGUAUCCCGUCAGUCCUUCCUGCAGAUGUACCGCGACGCGACGAGGAAGGGAACUAGCUGAUUUACCCAUAUGAGGAAGACAUUACAGGCACUGUAGAGAAUGCUCGUUACGAAGUUGACGAGGUAGGUUUGUCUUCCAUUGUGACAUAUGGCCCGAAUAGCGUGAAUGCUCGGCGAUCACAAUUCAUAGGAUCAUUAAUCGCAGAAACAGCUACUUCAACUCUCCCGAGGGUUCCUCUCAGGAGGCAGUGGAAUAAGUUAACUCAACCGCGAUGAGUAUCUGGGAUGGCACCGAUGUUGCAUACCUCGAACGCCCACCUAUCGAGUAAACUGCCACAUAAGUUUUCCCGAGGGGGACAGAGUAUGGCAGCAGGGGAAUUGGAAUUGGGAGAUUGAAUAAUUGUUAAAGCCUCGUUAGGCAUUUCGUCAUGCUAUGCAUGCAAUUAAGCGCUACGUAUAUACUUUGUACAUAGAUACGGGUUGCCCCACCACCCCGCAAUCACUGUCGAUCAGUCAAGUGGGAUGGAAGGUUAGGGAUCUAGUUAUUCUUAGCACCUGUCAAACAUUUUCGUUGUUAG